GUCCGCCGGACAGCCUAUAAGACCUGCCCGGCUUUCUCACGAAUCAGAAAAGACUUGUUCUCCCCGUGCCCCAUCUAUGGAGACUCGGGUGUCUUCGGAGACAGAGAGAACCUACAGGUGGAUCUACCCGUUAGCUUGAUGAGCGGAUUUCCUUCUCCUCCUCCUCCUCCUCCUCCUCCUCCUCCUCGUCCUCCUCCUCGUCGUCGUCGUCGUUGUUUUGGACGUGUUCGGUGCGCCGCGUAGCCGCGGGUGAUGUCUGAGGGAAUGGUCGGGGACGAGUCGGGCAGCUCCCCCGUCUCUCCAGUGGACAGUCUGAGUAACAGCGAGGGCGAACCGGAUAGGCAACCGAAGAGGUGUGGGAGGAAAAGGAGACCGAGCAGGAAAAACGGGGAGGAUUCAGAGAGCCCGACCCCUGGGAAAAGGGGGAAGAAGUCCAGCAGCAGCAGCCCCCAGUCUUUCGAGGAGCUGCAGACGCAGCGCGUCAUGGCCAACGUGCGCGAGCGGCAGCGGACCCAGUCCCUGAACGAGGCGUUCGCGGCUCUGCGGAAAAUUAUCCCCACUUUGCCCUCAGACAAACUGAGCAAAAUACAGACCCUGAAACUGGCGGCCAGAUACAUCGAUUUCCUUUGCCAAGUGCUGCAGAGCGACGAGUUGGACUCCAAAAUGGCAAGUUGCAGUUAUGUGGCUCAUGAGAGGUUAAGUUAUGCGUUCUCUGUGUGGAGGAUGGAGGGCGCUUGGUCCAUGUCCACAUCUCACUAGCAUCUGGAGCACUGUUGCCCAAAAUGGGGACUGCUGAUUCUACUAAACACUUUGACGGGACAGGUCUGGAGUCCAAUGCUGGAUACAUGGGAGCACACUGUCUAAACUAAAGAGGACACAAGGUUCGGCCUCACAUGUGCAAGGCCCGAUCCGGACGAGCCCACUACACCACAACCUGACCUGUAUCUGUUGUUGUGCUGUCGUUGUUGUUGUGGUUGGUUUUGUUGUUGACGACGAAUGUUGUAAAUGUAUGGUGGUUGUUGUUGUUUUUUUUAAAAAAAAAUUUAUGCAUGCCUUUGGACUUAUUCCUGUGGAGGUCAAAGUGCAUCGAAGCAGCUGUCUCAGUUUUCGUGUGAGACUGUCAGUGUGGCUCCUGUAAUGGGUUGACUUUGUGAAUCUAACCUGUGCGAAAACGUUUCAGAAUACAUUUUAUUUAUUUAUUGGUGAAUUGUGUUGCAUUAAGGGACAGAUCCUGUGUCCGAAAUACAUUCCUAUUUUUAUUAUGUCUUUGUACAUUUUGUAUAUUUUUUUGCAUUAAAGAAAAUGAUA